CUUGCUGUCUUGGGGCCAGCAGCUCCCUCCUCUGGGUUUGCUGUAGAUGUAGAAGGCGACUUCAUUCUCUUCUUUCCCCGAGAGGCCUCCGGUGAAGAUCACAGAAAAACUCCUGGAAUUGUGUCGCCAUUUAAACGAGUAUUCCUAAAAGGUGAAAAAAGUAGAGAUAAGAAAGCCCAUGAGAAGGUGACAGAGAGGCGCCCUCUGCAUACGGUGGUGCUGUCAUUGCCUGACCGCGUCGAACCAGACAUACUGCUGAACGACUAUAUUGAAAAAGAAGUAAAGUAUUUAGGGCAGUUAACUUCCAUACCAGGAUACCUGAAUCCUUCCAGUAGGACUGAAAUUCUGCAUUUUAUAGACAAUGCAAAGAGGGCCCACCAGCUUCCUGGACACUUGACCCCAGAGCACGAUGCCGUGAUCAGCCUCUCUGCCUACAAUGUCAAAUUGGCAUGGAGAGAUGGGGAAGACAUCAUCCUCAGGGUCCCCAUUCAUGACAUUGCUGCUGUCUCUUACAUCCGGGAUGACUCGGCGCACCUGGUGGUCCUGAAGACAGCCCAGGACCCUGGCAUCUCCCCGAGUCAGAGUCUGUGCGCAGAGAGCUCCCGUGGCCUGACGUCAGGCUCCCUGUCAGGCAGUGGCGUGGUGCCUGUGGAAGCAUGCUGCUUGGUGGUCCUGGCUAUGGAGAGCAAGGGAGCUGCAGAAGAGCUGUGCUUGCUGCUCAGCCAGGUCUUCCAGAUUGUUUAUACGGAGUCCACCAUCGACUUUCUGGACAGAGCAAUAUUUGAUGGAGCCUCGACACCCACCCAGCACCUUUCCCUGCACAGCGAUACAUUGGAUGACUUGUCCACCAAAGUGGACAUCAAAGAAGCCUACGAGACAGAGGCCAGCACUUUCUCAUUCCCUGACCCCACAGAUGUGGGUGGCUUCGCGUCAUUGUCCUUCUGCAUGCCACCUUCACCCCACCCCAAGACAGCCAGCGAUAGUGAGCUGAGCACCACGGCCACUGAGCUCCUGCAAGACUACAUGCUGACGCUGCGCACCAAGCUGUCAUCCCAGGAGAUCCAGCAGUUUGCCAUGUUGCUGCAUGAAUACCGCAAUGGGGCCUCCAUCCACGAGUUCUGCAUCAACCUGCGACAGCUCUAUGGGGACAGUCGCAAGUUCCUCCUGUUGGGUCUGCGUCCCUUCAUCCCUGAGAAGGACAGCCAACACUUUGAGAACUUCCUGGAGACAAUUGGGGUGAAGGAUGGCCGGGGCAUCAUCACAGAUAGCUUUGGCAGGUACCGACGGGCCGCCAGCACUGCCUCCAGCUCCACCACCAAUGGGAACAGGGCCGCCGGUAGCUCGGAUGACCAGUCCUUGCCCUCUGAGGGAGACGAGUGGGACCGCAUGAUCUCGGAUAUCAGCAACGACAUUGAGGCACUGGGCUGCAGCAUGGACCAGGACUCUGCGUAAGGCAUCCUCAGGGAGAGCACUGUGCGGCCUUAGGGGAAGGCAGAUCCUGGCCUGCUUCCUGUCGCCGCCCUGGCUGCCUUUCACGGAUGGGCUCGUGCCCCCAAGCGGGAGGCUGCUGGGAGGAGUCUAGGCCCGCUGCUGUCUCCUUGCGGGAGCUUGUGUUCCUGCUGCCCUGACAUGCACAGCAGCCAAGGAGACGGGCAGAGGCUGAAGGCUUGGUUCUUGGACAGCCACUCCCGCAUCUCAGUGUCCACACCCGGAGGAGGGACGGACGAGGCCAGCUCUGCGAUCUAGCCCAGUGUUGGUCACUUCCUACACAAGUUUCCGUUUUUGCACACAAUGUUCCUAUUGUAACUCUCAGAGACCUUUCAAAAAGCAGGCUACAAUGUGAAUCAUUUAAAUCUC